CGUCAAAGUGGUGUUACCUCAUCACUCGCCUUAUUUCCAUGUUUAACUUCCAAAGAAAAAAUCAAACAUUUUAAAUAUAGUUACGUUUAAUUAGAAUGCGGUUGUGAUCUGCUUCUAAAUUGAUGCGAUUCGGGUGUGUUUUCGGGGAGGACAAUUGAAGUUGAGGAAGCUCAUAUCUGGCAACGGGAACCAUUGCCACGUAUCUUGCUGCGGCGGAAGGUCGCGCGAUUUGCUUGAAUAUUGAUAAGAAUUCCUCAUUUAAAAUUUAUACUGUUCGCUAUGGCAGAGAGUCUUCCUAUGAAAGUUGCCCUUCUGACUGGUAUUACUGGACAGGCCAAAAGUGGGAAAGUAAGAUAUUGCACCAAGUUCUUGUGAGGAAACCCUACACGUGACAUUCCUCGCAAACAUGCCUCUUGCUCUUAUUACUGGCGCCACUGGUCAGGAUGGAUCAUACUUGGCUGAACUGCUGCUGAGUAAGGGGUACCAAGUACAUGGUAUUAUUAGGAGAUCUUCAUCGUUCAACACUGGCCGCAUUCGUCAUCUGUAUGAGGAUGAAAAGAUCCACAGAAAUGGAAGGAUGACACUUCAUUAUGGUGACUUGACUGACUCCACCUGCCUUGUUAAGAUAAUUUCUCGUGUUCAGCCAGAUGAGAUUUACAAUCUUGGUGCUCAGAGCCACGUUAAGGUGUCUUUUGAUUUGGCUGAAUAUACAGGAAAUGUGGAUGCUAUGGGAACACUUCGGUUACUUGAUGCCAUCAGAACGUGUGGCUUAGACAAGAAAGUAAAAUUCUAUCAAGCAUCCACAUCUGAACUUUUUGGUAAAGUUCAAGAAAUUCCACAGAAAGAAACCACCCCAUUCUAUCCUAGAUCACCCUAUGGUGCUGCCAAACUGUAUGCUUAUUGGAUAGUAGUGAACUAUAGAGAAGCAUAUGGCAUGUAUGCUUGUAAUGGAAUCCUCUUCAACCACGAGUCUCCAAGACGAGGGGAAACAUUUGUGACACGCAAGAUCACUCGAUCAGUAGCCAAGAUUCACCUGGGACAUUUAGAAAAAUUUGAACUUGGAAAUCUUGAUUCCCAGAGAGACUGGGGACAUGCAAAGGACUAUGUUGAGGGUAUGUGGAAAAUUCUCCAACAAGAUGAGCCUGAUGACUUUGUGUUGGCAACAGGAGAGGUUCACUCUGUAAAGGAGUUUGUAGAAGCUGCUUUUAAAGAGAUUGGUAGGGAAAUCUACUGGGAAGGCUCAGGUGUGGAUGAGGUUGGGAAAGAAAAAGGCUCGGAUGUUAUCCGAGUAACAGUCAACCCCAAGUACUAUCGUCCAGCGGAAGUGGAGUUUCUUCAAGGUGAUGCCACUAAAGCCUUCAAGAAGUUCGGUUGGAAGCCCAGCUUUAACUUUACUGCACUGGUCACAGACAUGGUUCGGGCAGAUAUUGAACUCAUGAAAAAAGAUCCCAGUGCUUAAGAUAGUGUGGUAUGCUGACGCCUCACUUUGACUCACCGCUGCCCUGCUACAUGCUGGGACCAUCUCUGGGAGAGCUCCACAGUGUUGCCGCCUCAAUGCUGUUUUAGAGUGAUGAACCCUAUUGCUGUUUUUUAUUGGGUGAAAGUUUUAAGUGCACACUAACUGUAAGGUCAUUUGUGAGUGUGGAGUUGUGUUUUUUCUCAUUGAAAAUUACAAACUUAGGUAGACGAUACAAGAUUUGAUUGUUUGUGAUUUACAGUUUGUGCAGUUUUAGAGCAGUGAUUAUAAAUGAAUACUGAAUUUAUGUAAUUAUUACAAAUUUAUAAAUUUUUCUUGUAAUUGUUUAAUUAUGUAAGUGUGGCAGUACCGCUACCCAUAGUCAAGCAUUAAAAUUAAUAGUUGGAUUAGAAAUUACAAUAAUAAUAAUAAUAAUAGUUUGUGAUUUUGGUCUCCUUGGGUGCCAGUUUUUUAUUUCACAAGCACUCAAACAUCGUGCAGUAUAUGACAACAUUAACAGAAGCUAUACUUUAUAUUUCAAAGUGAAAGUAUGAUCAUCAGGAUCAUAAGCUCUUGAAUUGAUAUAUGCUAUCGUCUAAGGCUUGACACAUUGAACAAACAUGGGCAACAAGUUAAACAUUCGAGGAGUCAUUUGAAAAACAAUCGAUAAUAGCAUAAGGCUCAACCAAUCUGUAGGAGUUCAUGGCAAUCUGCACAUUCAUUCCAGAGCCUCAUGGAAAACAAGCAUAUCAAAAUAUUUUGGUUCAUUAAAUUUACUACAUCUUGUUGUCAUUCAAUGCCAUUGUGCUCAUACAUGCAACUCCUAAACUUUCUUCAAAGGCAAAUACCAAAGGAAUCACAUAGUACCAUAUGCAUAGGUGACAAACAUUAAUAUUAGCUGUCAUAAAUUUAGACAAGGAGGCAUUUUAUGUUUUCAAUACUACCUAUUCCAAUCCAGAUCUGGAAUAUGCAACCAUGGCAUGAAACCCUCAUCUAAAAAAGCACAAGAUAAAACUAGAAAUUUCAGAGAUAAGCCACAAGACUUGUUCAGGACUGAAAUUAUUGUAGAACAAGGAAAGAUUGAGGAAGCCAUAGGAAUAUAAGGAAACGUGUCUUUAGCUACAGAAGGAAGUUGAGGCUAAUGCCAUACAUAGGUUUCAAUGUAACAAAUCUAGGAAGAGCCAUUGCAUUAUUUGACAUGCAGCUAAAAAGACAUGGUCUAACAGCUAACACUGAUUGUGCACUUGGAACAAUUAGGCGAGUACACUCACUCAAAAAAUGUAACAAAUCUUGAGAUAAGGGCCAGAGGACAUAUGAUCACUAUGCAAAAUAUAGAGGGUAAUAGACACUAUGGACAAUGGUAAUCUUUUCAAAUUGAGGGGGGAAAAAGGACAUGACCCAAUGAAAGCUGGAAGCUCAAAUAUAUCGGGGAGAAUUACGUAUAUAUUCUUAGGGUGCUACCUGAUCAACAAAUGGAAUGAACUGAAAGAAGCAUUAGUGGAAACCGUGUCCAUCCACAGCUUCAAGAGUAAACAUGAGAAAUAGAAUACUGUAACGAGAAGUUUAAACACUUCCAGGUAUAAAUAACUGGAAGAGUUCAAAGAGGUAGAUCUUAUUCCCUGUAGAUACUUAAGGUAAUCACAUGUCUCCACAAAGCCUCAUCUCAAAGCUCCAAAAGCCAAGUAUGAUUAUUGUACUGAACUAUAUAUUUUAUAGAAAUUAUGGGUUUAAACGUGACUUGAACUCUUCAAGUACGAUGACAUGAACUCUGUAUUUCCCAGUAUUACUCAUAAGAUAGGAGAAUGCAGCCAUUACUGUAGUGUGUUUCACACUGAAGUCCUGGAUUUGGUUUCUGAUAUUAAAUAGUUAUUCAGGAUUUCUUUCACAAUGCAUAUCAAAAUAUUUACAUAAAAAUCUUGGUCAUUUAACAAAAAAGUUUUGAACAAAUUCAUGGGUGCCAGCUGCUUGUGAAAUGCACAGCAUGCCACAUAAUAAUCUACAUUUUUCUUUUAUGUAGCAUUGGAAGAGCAUGAUUUAAUAACCUUUAUGAAGCAGUCCUGAAAUGCCAUACAAGCAUUAAGAGGGUGCCCACAAGUACUGUAGAUCCUUAUCCAAAUAUUUCAGUUGUUCCAAAAGACACUUAACAGAGCAUCUGAAAUAUCUUAAAGAAUUCUACACUUUUUUAAGCUAAUAUAAAGCUGGGGCAGUUCCCUACUUGUUUGGUGUGUUCUUGGAAACAAGAAUGCUGUAUAUGAAAAGAAUGAAGCCUGCCCUUGGCUGCAAAUAUGAGAGUAUUUUAGCAAGGAAAGAAAAGAUGGUAAGAAAGAAGAAUGAAAAUAUGUGAAAAUUAAAUACUGUAAUGUAUAAUGAAUAUGAAAAAGAGCUUACAGUGAAUCCAAAGUUCAAGUUGCAAAGCAUGAAUUGGUAGUUAACUUUACAUAAGAAUAAAGGAAACUGACCCAUACAAGGCAGCUCCUAUUUAUAUCCAUCCAAACUUAUUUAUACUGUAUAUAUAUCUAACCUAUACUUUAUACUCUAUCCCAUGAUCCCAUGUACAGUAUAUUAUGUUACCCGGUAAUUUGUUAUUUCAACAGCCCUAUUUCUAAAUCAAUAUUUACCCAGAUCUUUAUUGAAUCUAAACUUCUUUCCUGAAUCUAAGAUGCAUUGGAUUACAUUUUAUACAAAUCUUUGUAUAGUAAAAUAUUUUGUUGAAAUUCAGCCUGCACUAAAAACAAAGCAUAGCAUAGUACAGUACUGUGUGCAUUGAUUAUGGAAAAAAAGAUCAAGGCAGCAGUAAAGACGAUAUGACAAAGCUGCAGUACUGUGUGUGUGCUUUACCUAUUUUCCUGAAUAUUCACACACCCUGUGAAUAUUUAAAAAAAAAAUUAAUAUAGCUAAUUUGGUAUUCACAUUUUAACUUCAGAUGCAUUCAUAAAAUCUGUUUCUUGAUUGGUUUACUUUACAGGGAACAAGUGAACUAUUAAAGAAAUGGUGGUACGUACUGUAGGUGUUUUUGCAUUUUGUGCACACUACCGUUAAUGACUGCAUGUAUUCCUACGAUGAGCAUGUAUUCAUUUAUUAUGUAAUUGUACUUUUCAUAGCAUUCCAAAAAGGCAUUAUAAUUUUUAUUUAAAUAAACAUUUUAUUAGACA